AUGACUUAUCGUGUACUGGGCUCACCGUAUGCACUGCUAUUUCAUCAGCACGUAGCGUACCUGCGAUUGAAGCGCUUACCCUUCAAGGUGUACUGCCGCACGUUUGCCACAACCUUGUUCUAUGCAUGGGUGUUCCGAGCCCGUAACUCCUUUUGCACCGUUGCCCCAAACGGUAAGUCGUACCUGCAGUUAUGGCAGCUUGUUUCUGCUGUUGAACGAAGUGGCAUCCGUCAGUCGAAGAGUUUCCCCUCAUGCGGUAAAGCAACCGUGGCCGAAGAAGAAAAUGACAUCCAGUUCGUAAUAGACCGGCACAAACACCCUAACAUUCACAUGGUUAAUUGGGUUAUUGUCCUUUACUCUUCCUGGUGGUUGGCCAAGACAGGGGCGAUGUACCGCUGGGUUGAAGGUGAUGGCAUUGACACCAUAGAAGGGUACCUUCGGUACUUCUUUCUUGUCCCUGGGGUUGGCGCGGCGCGCGCUAUUGCCGGGUCUUUCAAGCAAGCGAUACAAAAGGUCACGUCGGUUACGGGGGUCUCCAAAGAGACGGCCCCCUACAUGAAGGAGCACUUCUUCCGUUUAUGCGAUGCUCUUGAGGUCCACUUUCAGGAGCAAACAAAGAGAGGGGAUGGUAGCCUGCAAGUCUCCUUUCUUCUGGGAACACCACACCCCACAUUGGCGGAUGUUGCAUUCGGAUCGGUGUUUUCCGCCAAUUUCCUUAUGGAUGAUCCCCCAGCGUCAGUAAUUGCUCAGAAGUAUCCGCAUCUGAACUGCUAUUUGGAGGCAGUGACGGGCUGGAAAGGCGGUGUUUUUGUUGGAGAUGACGGUGCUGCAGGGGCAGGGGGUGUCGUGGCGCGUGGCAUGAAAGAAGGCGAUACUGACGAGUGCUCCACUUACUUGGAUGUUGUUCCCGACUCCCUCUUCCCCGUGCUUAAGUUAGUGGAGGAGGUGCUUCCGUUUAUGUUAUCGCAGUGUGAGGCUUUUCAUGCUUACAUGGUAGGCGACGGUGUGCGCGGUUUAAAGAAAGAACGCUUGGAAGGGCCUUGGGAAGGUUGUAGUGGAUAUUUGCUAUCGCAGAUCACGGGUAUCAAGUCCCUUAUGAUUAUCGACAACGGUGUUUACACCGUUGCAGCCAGAGCACAGGACUUGGAAGUGGCGCUGUUGGCUGCACGAGAGGUCGUAGGCAACGACGACGAAGACGGUGGUGGUGGUGGUGGUGGAAACGGUAACGACUCAGUGAUUUCGACGAAUAGCGAAGAAUGUCGUGGUGAAACUGCACAUGUGUUCUCGCGGUGCGCUGAAGAUGCAGCUAAACAAAGCGGCUGCCCAGGAGGAACUUUCUCGGCUGUUGAGGAAGUUCAACCAAAUACAAGGGAAGGCAGUGGUGUUGUACCGAGCAUCGCUUCGGUUGUCGAUGUUACGCACGAGGGGCACAGCAACGACCACACCGACUCUGACGGUGCCGAUUUCCACCGAGUCUUCACUUCUGCAAGUGGGCGCUCCCGUAGUGUAUUACUCCACCCUCGUCACUCAGGGCAGGUAGCACAAUCUAUGAUGGAUAGUUGCCUCUUUCGGCUGCGUGAUAUACUAAGGAAGAUGCAUCACCCACACUACACAUUGUCUAGCGUUUUCCACGGACGUAAGAUGUUUGUCGCCGUCAUUCCCGAGUGUGAAGUAAUCGAGUCGCGGAAACGAAAGGGGAACACUUCGACGAUUGUUGUCUGA